UACAAGGAUAAUUAACUUCCCCAACCACCAUGACUAGUACCAUUAUCAUCUUAUUAUGUUUCCUUGUGGCAACCUCGGUUGCCUAUUAUCCGGAGGACCAAAUCCACUUGCUCAUGCCACAUUCUGGCUCUGCGGGCCGCAAACACUCAAGCCUCGACUGCUUGAGUUGGCGGCUCGCAAUCGAAACUAACAAUAUCCAAAAUUGGAUACAAGUUCCGUUGGCAUGUGAGGCCUAUGUUGGGCAUUACAUGCUUGGUGAACAAUACCGUAAGGAUUGUUACCUUGUCGCGUCUGAAGCGUAUGAAUAUGCCAAAGGACUUAACAUUUCCAAAGAUGGCAAGGACGUUUGGGUUUUCGAUAUUGAUGAGACCACACUCUCUAAUAUCCCUUAUUACGCACGUGACACCGUUCGAUUCGGGGCAAUCCCAUAUAAUUCGACGGCAUUUAACCUAUGGGUGGAUGAAGCAGUGGCACCACCGAUACCCGCGUCUCUAAAGUUGUACAAGGGAUUAGUGGAGCUAGGGUUCAAGAUCGUUUUUAUCACCGGAACACACGACACCCACACAAAACCUCGGGCUGAAAACCUAAAGAAUGCUGGUUAUACUACUUGGGAGAAGCUCAUCCUGAAGGGAGUUGGAGAUGGUCAUGACUAUAAAGCUAGCAAGAGAAAAGAGUUGGAGGAGGCUGGAUACAGGAUUCGAGGGAAUAUGGGUGAUCAAUGGAGCGAUUUACUCGGGACCAAUCCUGGAGAUCGCGUCUUCAAACUUCCUGAUCCCAUGUACUACAUCGCUUAAUUAAUUAGAGGCUUGGACUUCAUUGCUCGGGGAUCAAGUUGGCCCUUCAAGUUUCUUAUCCAUCAUUUGUAUAUUGAAUAAAUAAGCUUGUUCGAUCGAUCAGACUCAAGCGAACUUUUCCAAUAAUACUUACUGGCUUAUAUUCCAAUUCCAUUGUGUUUGUACUGUAAAAGUUAGGAUCCAUACGUGUUUUCUAUCAAUAAUUAAUCAACAUAUGGUAUCUCUUUUCGUA